AAAAAAAUGCUACCGCGCAUGCGCAUGCGUUGUCCGCUGUUUCCCGCGAAUGGAGUUGGAUCUAAAAUGUGCCGAAAUUGUCCAAGAAAUUAGCUCAUUCUGCGAAACAAUUCAAUUUUAUCGACUGAAGAUAGCUGUGUCUACGGGAGUACCCUAAAACAAAUCAUGGGGUACCUGAAGCUACUUCUUUUAGAGAAUUUUAAGUCAUACAGCGGCAAACAAACAAUCGGACCUUUCAAGCCGUUCACCGCCAUCAUUGGACCCAAUGGAGCAGGCAAAUCCAACCUUAUGGAUGCAAUCAGCUUUGUCCUUGGGGAGAGAACUUCUAAUCUGCGAGUGAAGCGUCUGUCUGAUCUCAUCCACGGCGCCCCCAUUGGCAAGCCAGCCUCCAACCGAGCAACUGUAACUGCUGUCUAUGCUGAGGAGGACGGAACAGAGACCAACUUCACCAGAAUCAUUAUGGGAGCCUCUUCGGAACACCGUAUCAACAACAAAGUGGUUUCUGCGGCCGACUACACAGAAAAGCUGGAGAAAAUUGGCAUCCUCAUCAAAGCCAGAAACUUUCUGGUUUUCCAGGGUGCAGUGGAGUCUAUCGCCAUGAAGAACCCCAAGGAACGCACGGCGCUCUUUGAGGAGAUCAGCCGAUCGGGGGAGCUGAAGAGCGAUUAUGACAAGAGAAAGGCGGAGAUGCUGAAGGCAGAGGAAGACACGCAGUUCAACUAUCACAAGAAGAAAGGCAUUGCUGCCGAGCGCAAGGAGGCCAGGCUGGAGAAAGAAGAGAUGGAUCGCUAUCAGAAACUCAAGGAAGACUUGCUUGACAUGCAACUGGAGUACCAGCUGUUCAAGCUCUACCACAACCAGAAUGACAUCAAGCGAUUCAGCGAGGAGCUGAAGGGACGAAACGACGAACUCCACCGAGCCAGCGAUAGGAGAGACAAAGUGGAGGACAGGAUCCGAGAUAAGAAGAAAGAGUUGGGACAACUGACACGAGAACUAGCUGCAAUAGAGAAAGACACACGUGAAAAGGAAGUGGAGUUGAACAAGAAGAAACCGCUCUUCAUCAAAGCUAAAGAGAAAACCUCUCAUAUGAUCAAGAAACUGGAAACCGCCAAGAAAUCCUUGAAGAGUGCCAAGAAGGCCAAUGAGAGUCACAUGGGAGAGAUCAGGGAGCUGGAGUCGGAAUUGGAGGCAGUGGAAGCCAAGCGAUUGGAGUAUGAGGAGAGAAUUGAAGAGGAGAGUCAGAGCCAGGGACGUGAUCUGGAGCUAGAAGAGGAACAGGUGAAUGAGUAUCACCGCUUGAAGAAAGAGGCAGGCAUCCGAGCUUCUCAGCUCCACCAGGAAUUAGACAAGCUGAAUCGAGACCAGAAGUCUGACCAGGACCGCUUAGAGAAUGAGAAACAUCGCAAGAGUGAACUACAGGCCAAGAUCAGACAGAAAGAACAUGAGAGGGAGGAAAACCAGAAGAGGUUGGAGAAACUGAAUGAAUACAUCAGGACCAGUGAACAGGCCAUCAAAGAACAGCAGCGUUUGCGCGAAUCACUGGAAGGUGACGUGGAGGGCGCCAACGACCGCAUCCGCAACAUCAACACAGAGCUGACCAACAUUGUGGACCAGCUAGGCGAGGCUAAAGUGGACAAACACGAGAACGCCCGGAGUCACAAGAAGGCAGAGCUGAUUGAUAACUUGAAGAGACUCUUCUCUGGAGUGUAUGGCCGCUUGAUUGACCUCUGUGAGCCGACCAACAAGAAGUACCAGAUUGCAAUCACCAAGGUCCUUGGUAAGAACAUGGAUGCUAUCAUCGUUGACUCCCAGAAGACUGCCCGUGACUGCAUCCAGUACAUGAAGGAGCAACGCUCGGAUCCCGAGACUUUCUUACCGUUGGAUUUCAUCGAGGUCAGGCCCACCAAUGACAGAUUGAGAGAAAUUCGCGAUCCCCGAGGUGUCAAGCUCGUAAUUGAUGUCCUACGCUACGAUCCUCCCAACAUCAAGAAGGCUCUGCAGUAUGCCUGCGGUAACGCUCUAGUCUGUGAGACUGUGGAAGAUGCCAGGAAGAUUGCAUUUGGUGGGGCUGAGCGUCACAAGGCCGUAGCACUGGAUGGCACCAUGUUCCAGAAAUCAGGGGUCAUCUCUGGAGGAGCCAGUGAUUUGAAGGCCAAGGCACGUCGCUGGGAUGAGAAGUCUCUCAACAAUCUCAAGACUCGCAAGUCCGAACUGACGGAGGAGCUGAAGGAACAACAGAAGAUGAAACGCAAAGAGUCUGAGCUGAACAACAUCCGCUCCCAGAUGAACGGCCUGGAAACCAGACUCAAAUACUCCAUCAACGACAGGGACAACACGCAAAAGAAGAUUGUGUCAACCAACAACAAAGCUAUUCAGAAGCUUCAACAGGAGCUGGAAGGAUAUGAGCCAAGAAUGGAGGCCAUUGAGGAGCAGAUCACCCAGCGAGCCGAGCUGAUCAUGGCCAAACGCACCCAGAUGAACAGCGUAGAGGACGAGGUGUUCUUGGACUUCUGUCGCUCCAUCGGCGUGGAGAACAUCCGUCAGUACGAGGAGAAGGAGCUCCGAGCCCAGCAGGAACGCGCCAAGAAACGCCUGGAGUUUGAGAACCAGAAAUCACGGCUGGUCAACCAGCUGGAGUAUGAGAAAUCCAGGGACACGGAAGCAAACGUCAAGAAAUGGACCAAAGAAGUCGCCCAUGAUGAGAAGGAACUUGAAAAACUCAAGAAAGAGGAGGCCAAACACAUGAAGGUCAUAGAUGAAGAGUCCGAGGCGAUGCAGAAGCUGAAGUUCUCCAAGACAACUAAGAAAUCUGAGAUUGAUGACAAGAAUGCCGAAGUGGAAGAGAUACGCAAACUGCUGUCCACUGCUAAUAAAGAAAUUGCAGCGGUCCAGAAACAAAUAACAGCCACCGAGACCAAACUGGAGCAGAAACGGGCCGAUCGGCACAGCCUGCUCAAGACAUGCAAGAUGGAAGACAUCAAGUUACCAAUGAAACGGGGAACCAUGGAUGACAUCACUGAAGAAGGCGAGGCAUCAAGUCAGCAGGAGAGUACAGCUGGUGAGGAAAGCACCAGCAUUACCGGCAUGGACAGCAUGAGCAGCCAGGGAGCACGCAUCAUCUACAAGAAGGAAGCCAAUAUUAUCAUCAACUACAAGCGGCUUAGCCAUGACCUGAAAGAGUGUGACACGCUAGAUGAGAUCAAGGAACAAGGGGAUAAGUUAUCGGCCAAUAUGGCCAGUAUGCAGGUGACUCUACAAAGGAUUGCCGCUCCUAAUAUGAAGGCCAUGGAAAAGCUUGAUGGAGUCAAGGAACGUUUCCAGGAGACCACCGAUAGCUUUGAGGCGGCUCGUAAACGCGCAAAGAAGGCCAAGCAGAACUUUGAAGUGGUUCGUAAGGAACGCUUCGACCGCUUCAACUCCUGCUUUGAGCAUGUGUCGACGAGGAUUGACGAAAUCUACAAGGCUCUGUCCAGAAACCAGAGUGCACAGGCUUUCCUAGGGCCAGAGAACCCUGAAGAGCCCUACCUGGAUGGCAUCAACUAUAACUGUGUAGCUCCAGGCAAACGAUUCAGGCCUAUGGAUAACCUCUCAGGAGGGGAGAAGACAGUCGCUGCCCUGGCACUCCUCUUUGCUCUCAACAGUUUCCAGCCGGCUCCGUUCUUCGUCCUGGAUGAGAUAGAUGCUGCUCUGGACAACACCAACAUCGGCAAAGUGGCUGAGUACAUACGAGAACAGUCCGAAGACCAUUUCCAAUGCAUUGUCAUCUCACUCAAGGAAGAGUUCUAUAAUCAUGCUGAUGCACUCAUUGGAAUAUACCCUGAGCAAGGUGAAUGCACUAUCAGUAAGGUCCUGACCCUUGACCUGACGGAGUAUGCCCGGGAAACGCAGGAAGCCAGUCCUAAAGCCGUGCGCUAAAACUGGGGAAGUGUCAAGCUUCAAUCACAGACUCAGGCACAGAGUUAGGCAUCGAAAGAGAAUGGAUCUCGUCAUGGAUUGGGAGGGGGGGAUGGAUGACAUCAUUGCUGAAAGCAAGAUCUUUCUUCUGCACUGCCACUUGUGUAACAUUUAAUUAGCAAGUAACAUAUGUGAAGUGUUCUGUCAUAGCAGAGUUCGAGGCAGCCUGUCAAAAUAGGGUUUUAAAAGUAUUGUUCAGAUGCAGAUCUUCCCCUUAAAAAUGAGUGUUGAAGGUUAGGAAACGGACUUACCUUUAGUUUACAAAGUUUUGCCAUUUGAAGUUAGCCUGGACCAUGUCGUUGUUGAUCAAUUCCUUGUUUAGUGGUGGGAAUACAAAAAUUGAAGUACCCAGCGAGUGAUGUACGUUAUACACUGUGCAUUUUCACGUGGGCGUGUUUAUGGUGCAAUCCUACGCCUUGAUGGGUUUGAGAUGAGUGGGCUAGCUCAUUAUUACUAGUGAUGUAGCCCUGCUCACGAAGUAGGAUCCCAAGUAGUCAGGGACCGAAUGUGUUGUGUGAAGCCAUGCAGCAAAUGCAUAGUAAAAGUGCAUAACGCCACGUUGAAAGUUAAUGAUUGGCCAUCUAAAAAAGAACCGUUCAUGAUGCUUGAACAUAUAUCUCUGUGGAAGGUUAAAUAAAACUUCUAAAUAUUCAUACCCUGCAUAUCCACUGGCCCCCCCCCCCCCAACAAUCACCCAAAACUGGUCAAUAACAUAAAGAAACUCCUUGAACGCGGAAGUUGCAAAAUCAACUAGGUGAUCGGUCAGCCUGACUCGUACCGUGUGACUGACAUACAUAUAGUUGCAGUGCGGGGUAACGGUUUGUCUUCAAGAUCUCGUCUUCAGACAUGGACGCGGCGGGAUGGUGUCCUCUCCCUUGAUUGAAGCAUCUUGUUUUGACAGAAGACAUCACAUAUUACUUGAACAAAUUUAUCAUAGUAAUAUACACCAUCUUACUCACGAGGCAAAAUAACACUUGCUACUACAUGUAUGUGCAUGUAAACACAGUCGACGGGAUACAGUGCCAUUGCAGCCAGCAACAACUCCUCUUGAGCAAGACAUUUGUCCCAUGAAUAAGAUGGCGCUUUUUACUGUGAAGUUAUCGCAGACAGACCUACUAAAACUGUACUGUACUUGUGCCCAAUCUUUGUACAUAUUUAAUAUUUUGUAUUACAUUCAUGUUUGCAUGUAAAAACUUCUGUUUUAUCUCGUAGUUCAGCAUUUGUGUAGUUCAUCUUUUGCAAGGUGGAAUAUAUUGGGUAAAAACAUCACCGUGUUGGGAUGUGAUUUUGUUGUCCUGUAAGAAGUUUGGUUAUUUUCUUUUUAACUUUAAAUUCUUCAUAAACAUGCCAAGAUGUAAAACAUGUUUACAAAAGGGUGCAUAGCUGCAGUAGUUCAGAUUUAACUUAAAACGACAGUGCAUGCAUUGUUAUUCUUCCUCGUUGAUGUAAACUUGGUGGUGUUUUAUUUACAAAAUAUCUUACAACUCAAAUCUUUCAUAUUCAUGAGCACAUUGUUGCAUAUUCAUGAGCACAUCGCCUGAAGCCCUGCCCACCUCUAAUAUGUGUGCAUUUCUCACAGUGCUUGUGACCAAGCUACUGCGGUCACCUGACCAAAAGCAGUGAUGUAAUUGGUCCAUGUGCAGUGUUUGAUUGACAGACAGGGAGGGUCCUUUGAGCUGGCAGAAUCUUUCAAAAGUUCAUUCACUUGUAAAUGAUGGUAUAAGGGGGUAAUCCUGAAUUGUGCUGAAAAUUUUUAGAAUCCUCAGUCUUUUCAAAAGUCAAAUCUUUGACAAUUUGAAUGUUAAUUGUGUUAAAUGUUUUGUAAGAAGUUGAAUGGAAUUUUAAUAGGCUGCUCUUAUGGGUCAGACGCAAGUGUUUGCUCUUGCCUUCUUGAAGCUGAUGGUUGCGUCAGAGAAUGACCCUGUAUAUGUCGGAAAGUCAAACGGAAUGAAAGGAAACCUUUCUUUGGAUUGGAAAAUGCAAUUAACCAUUAAAUUAAAACUUCAUUCUACCAUUUACUUUGUAGCAUCUGGCAUUUCAUAGGGACCUGUGAUCAUAUUUUAUACUGGACAUCAAUAAGGACCCUUUAUCAAAGUUCUAAUGAUCUGGAUGAUUUGAGGAAAGAAAAUGAAACUUUUAAGUAAAUCAGAGAAAUUACUGUAAUCUUCUUUGAGCAGGUGAAUUAAGAGUUGGGAUUAAAUGCCAGUCCCCCCCCCCCCCCUACAUCAAAACUCAAUGUUGGACUUUUAAUUGGUGGUACUUAUUCCAACGGCUUUUGGCAAACAUUUCACAUAUUAGGCCCAACAUGGAAAGCACAUGCCACAGUUUGUGGACUUGUGUCAUUGCUGCAAUGUUUCCUUUAACAUUUUUCAACUGUAAUAACCUCAGACAAAGCCGUGCCUGGGGCGAGGACCAUGUUGAACCACAGAAACUGUGUUGCAGAUUUAUCUUGAAAAGUCUGAGGUUGGCUGAACAUGGGGUGCCCCAGCAUGGUACAUGGCCCAAUGAAAACAAAGUGCCACUGAGUGACACAACAACAUUGUGCUCCAAAGAAAUGUCUUAAUUGGUUUAUGUUGUGUCCCAGGAAUUGUCUGUGGCCUUUUUUGGGUGUGCAAUUGCUGCGGCUUCUUCUUGUUCCCUGUUUUCUUCGAUAAGUUCUGCAUGCACAAAAACAAAGCUGAGAUAGAAAUGUGUCUCUCUGUUUUUACUUUAAAAAAAUAAUAAAAUACAAUUAAAGUAAUUUUAAGACAGCUACAUAAUUCUACUUGGCGAUUUGAAUAGUAGGCAAUGUCCACCCACAGAAAAGAACAUGGUCUCAAUAAUUUGUGUAAAUGUAUCUGAGCAAAUUUCAAGCUUUAAACCUAAUGUAGUUGGUUGCUUGUUUUCUCCUUGAUCAAUGAUGACAACUUUUUGAAAUUUGCAACAAAAUUACGGUGUUAAAAAAAUUAUGAAAUUUAUGUGUUUGAACCAUAGCUUGCUGAACUAUUCGAAAAAGCAGAUUUGUAACUGCUGUACUUGUUGCUCCAUUUAAGAGCCCAAAAAUGAAUGUAUCAUUUGAAUUUCUAUUUCGGGGGUCAAAAAAGGUCUUAUAUUUGUAGAUUAUGUGUGUCAAAUUUACCAAUUUUUUUAAAGGGGUUAUUGACCAUCUCCAUUGGUGAUAAAACAGUCGCUUCAAUAAUGGAAGUGAAUGUUUGUUAUGUCAUGUUUUUAAUAAGACCUUAUUCAUAUUUAUAAUGUAGUGUCAUCAUUUGCCAAAUCACUAGGAAAUAAGUUUCCCUGAAUUGCGUUUCCUUUAAUUUUGCAGCAUAAAUAGGCAAGCAUUGAUCACUUUACAAAGUACAUUUUAAAGCAAAUUAAACUUGAUGGUUGUAUUCGACAGUAUUAAUAAAAAAAUAUUCCAGAUUUCAAUUAUAUCGGUUUUUAACACCUGUAAAAUAGGCUUUGUUGUUGCUGUAAAGUCCGCUUAAAAACAAAUGUUUAAUGACAUUGAGUCCACAUUUUGCCAUUUUGUAGAAUUUCUGCAGGUCAGUUUUAGGUUUGACAAUACUUACAUUUAGAAUUAUUCCACAUGAUUGUUUCUGUUUAAAUUCAGACUUAGAGUUGUUUUUCAAGAGAAUUUUAUUCUUUGGAAGUGCACUCUAAAUACUGCCUACUCCUACAAAACCCAGACAAAGGUGUGACAAGUUUUGUUUUUAAGGUUUGGAAUUUGAAAAUGCCAAAGCCUAAAAAAACAAAAUAUGUCAACUUUGUCCGAAUUUUGUGGUAGCAUAUUUCGUUAUACUCCCUGUUUCUUGGUAGUACAUGUAUGUUGUCCAUACAAACUUUUCUCAGUUCGGUUAACAUUAAUUUACCAUUUCAAAGAAGGAUUCUUAACUUUCACUGUAGUAUAUGUUAUGUGUGAAGAUGCCUUUUGUUCAUUGUUAGUUUAAAAACUUUGUUGAACUCCACAAAUAAAAAUGUUGACCAUAUUACAUGUAUGUGCCAUUGAG